AUGCCUGAAAAUAAUGAUGGUGCCAAAGUCUGCGCAGAAAAACAUGGGGAUAAUUGCAAUGAUGGGUCAGCUGGUUGCAUAAAUAAUGAGAUCAACAAUGGUGAUGAAGGAGAUGGGAUUCAUCGCUUGUCAAGACCUGCCAUGGCAUUCACUAACCCGUUGUCAAUUAUUAGUGGCCACCUUUAUUCAACGGAUGAUAGAUUGAAGAGGGGAAGGCCCCCUCCAUUUCUCAAGAAUGCUUGUGAAGAUGUUGCAGUAGGCGAAGAGCCAGUGUCGUCUUGCUGCGUGUUCCCCUUGGCUUUAGCAAUAGCGCAUGGCGGCAUGAUUCCCAUAGCCCCUAUGUUCUUGGGACAUCCGAUGCAGGGGUAG